UGGCUUACGGACUACGCGGCAGCUGAAUCUUCUCUAUCUCUCUCAAUUAAUAGAGACUACCCACUCUAAUCUUCAUUUCUUGAUUUCUUCCAAUCAAUCUCCGUUUCUCCUACUGUUCAGUAGUUCUGCUCUCUUGUGUGCAAGCAAUGGAUGUGGCUGGAUGGUUUGUUGGUCCAAUCAUGAGCAAGAUCGUCGAAGCUUGCUCUGAUUACCUGAAAGAGCAAGUCGAAUGGCAGACGGGCAAGAAGAAGGAAUUGGAAAGGCUGCGAGAGAACCACCCGAAGAUCCAAGCUGUCGUGGACUUUGCUGUUAACAAAGCACAAACCAGCGAUCAGAACCCAGCUCUCAACGAAUGGAUAUGGCAGCUGCGAGAUGCUCUUGAUGAGGUAAAUGAUGUGCUCGAUGAGUUGGAAUACAUGAAGCAUAAAAAACAGCUCUCCAAAAACAAGGAAGAAGCAAAGUUGAUCAAAAACAAGAAGCUGAGAAAGGUGCGUUCCAUGAUGAAAUCCAUGAAGAAAAGACUUGUCAAAAUUGUCAAACGUGCUCUUAAAAGGGAUCCCAACUUGAAGCGACUGGAGAAGGCUGUGCAGAAACUUGAUAAAGUUUCGGCUGAUGUUACUACUUUCCUUCAUCUUUUAGAGAGCGCAAAGAAGGAACAGAAGGAGCAGGAGGUUGAUUUCUACAAAGCACGUGAAACAGGAUCCUUGCCUACUACAAAUUAUUUCAUCGGGCGGGGCAAGGAUAAGGAGUCUGUUGUGCAGUGGUUGAGGAAGCAAUCAAAUGAACCUCAGACAAGUAGGUACAGAAACAUUUCUCUUCUAUCUAUAGUGGGCCAUGGUGGUAUGGGAAAAACAACUCUCUUGCAACACGUUUAUGAAGAUGAAAUGACAAAGGAAUUUUUUGAUCUUAAAAUGUGGGUUUGCGUUUCCAACAACUUUGAUGUGAAAAAAGUCAUUGCAGAUAUGUUGGAAUCUCUUGAGAAGAAGAAGCCUGAUUUGGAUUCACUUGAUGCGCUUCAAGGGAAACUUAAGAAGGAGGUGAUGUCCAAAAGGUUCUUACUGGUCCUUGAUGACGUUUGGGAAGAGGAGGAGGAACGGGAUAAAAGAAAAUGGGGGAAUGUGCUUGCCCCUCUAGCUUCUGGGGGUUUUGGUAGUAAGAUUCUGGUAACGACUCGGACGGACUCAGUUGCACUGAUGUUUGAAGAAGUGAUUCUAGAAAAGACAGAACCAUUGAGAUUAGAAGGCUUAGAGGAAGAAAAAUGUUUGGAGCUCCUCAACACCCAUGCGUUUGCUGUAGACAAUCUUGAUGAUCAGAGAUAUUUAAAAUUAAAACCAAUUACUGCAGAGAUAGUUAAAAAGCUUUCAGGGUCUCCUUUAGCAGCAAAGGUCAUAGGUGGUAUUCUGAAUUCUAAUUUGGAUGAAGGGCAUUGGAGAAGAGUUUUAGAUUCUGUUCUUGAAAUUAUAAAAUUGGGUCAAAAUGAUAUUAUGCCCGUCUUAAGAUUGAGUUAUGUACACCUCCCAAAACCUCUAAAAAGUUGCUUCACAUUUUGUUCCAUAUUCCCACAAGAUUAUAAUUUUGAUAGAGAUGCUUUAGUCCGACAGUGGAUUGCAUUGGGUUUCAUUCAACCAUCUGAUCAUAUUCAAGGAGAGAUUAUGGAGGACAUCGGAGAAAGGUAUUUUGAUGUUUUGGUUAAAAAAAAUUUCUUUGACAAGUUUGAAGGAUACUACAAGGUGCAUGAUUUAAUGCAUGAAUUAGCACAAUCUCUUUCCAUAUAUGAAUGUUUAAGAGUUGAGGAUGGUGCAAAUUUGUCUUCUAUAAUUCCUAAGACUCUUCGAUACUUGUCUGUUAGCACUACAAAUCAAGACAUUAUAAAAAAGAUUGGGCAGUUUAAAUAUUUGCAUGCUCUUUUCUUGUCCUAUGAAGCUUCUAUUCAGGAUCUUUGCAAUGCACUUAUUAAAAUAUUCAAAGCAUCGAGAAGCCUACGCUUAUUAUACAUAUGGACUCCAAAAGACUUGAAAAUAAUACCCAAAGAGAUUGGAAAUUUGAUACAUCUUCGAUACUUAGAGAUUAAACUUGAAGCUCUUAGUUUUCCUAUGCUGCCAAGAUCUGUAAGUAAUCUCUAUCACUUGCAAUACAUAAUCUAUAAUGGAUGGAUGCCAGUCACCACUAAAGAGGAUUUUUUACCAAGUGACAUUAAUAACCUUUCUAACUUGCGUUACAUGGAAUUGCCCAAUACUUGUAUUUCAUCGAUAUGUGGGAUUGGGAAGCUAAAAUUUCUUCAAGAAUUGAAUAUGUUAUAUCUUAGAGAUGUGAGUGGUUAUAGAAUUGGGGAGCUUGAGAACAUGAAUGAUCUUUUCAAAUUAGAAAUCAAUUGCCUUGAAAAUGUUAAUGAUGCCGAGGAGGCUUGUAGUGCCAAAUUAUGUGAAAAGAAGAGGCUCACAGAUUUAACCUUAAAUUGGAAUGACACUGAUUUGAAGAACAUCAAUUUAUAUGAGAAAGUGCUCGACAACCUUCAGCCACCAAAUUGUCUAAGGAAUCUGAAGAUACGUAGAUACAUGGGUGCAAGGUCUGCUAAAUGGAUGAACAACGUCAAUCUUAUCUCCAAUCUAGAGAAAAUCGAUUUGUGGGGAUGCAUGGCGUGGGAAACUCUUCCACCUUUCGGGCAACUUCUCUUCCUCAAGUCUCUGUACCUUUCUAAAAUGCCGAAAGUAAAAUGGCUCGAAAGUAAAUUUAGUGGGAAUGAUAAAUACCAUGCCUUUCCAUCGCUAGAAGUGUUACAUAUUACCCUCUUAGAAGCAUUAGAGGAUUGGUUUGAGCCAGGAGUAGCUGCUGAAGAUGGAUGUUUGUUUCCUUGCUUAAUUAAAUUGGAGCUAUAUUACUGCCCGAAGUUGAAAGAGUUGCCCUCUUUGCCUCCUAAGCUCAAGAGCUUGUGGAUACAUAGCAAUAUGGAGUGGAAGACUUUGAAUUUUUGUAGCAAUUCAAUUCCUAUUCCCCUUGAAACAUUAAAUGUCUGUAACUGUCCAAACAUUACAUCUCUUCCUCUGGCUGAUGAAAUAGCAAGACUUGCAGCACUAAGAGACUUGACAAUUACAAAUUGCCCCAAUCUGAUCUCUCUGGGAAGAUAUCGAGAAGUGGAGACCACUAAUAAUUGCCAUCUCAUGCUCAGCGAUCUUACCAUAAGUGAUCCAUCAGUGCUGCUAAUGGAGCCAUUGAGAAGUAUCGCCUCCUUAAAAAAGCUGACUGUUGAGCGGAAUAAUGAGCUGGUUUCAUUUCCAAAUGAGGCGGAGCAGUGGUUUCUGAAUGUUAGUUCAUCUCUUUCUAAGCUGCAAUUUAGAAGGCUCAAAUCCUUAGAGUCUCUCCCUUCCUCCUUGGAAAGCUUAUCUUCACUUCGGACACUACAAAUUGAGGGCCUUCCUAUGCUUCGGGAAUUACCGAACCUUCCUCCCUCUUUGAAAAAUCUAACAAUUUAUGGGGAAUGCCAUCCAGAGUUAAAGGAGCGCUAUCGAGAGGAUGGAGGCUCCGAUCGGCACAAAAUUGCUCACAUUCCUGAAAUCUAUAUUUCUACCUAAGCAAACUUCUUUUUACGCACGUACUUACCUUAUUUGUUUGACAUCCGUAUUUUUUAAUGCAAUCUCAGCAUUAAUCAGUUUGUAAUAUUUGAUGUACUCAAUUUUAUUUAUGUAUCACUCGAUAUACUCAACU